UUACGGAGCCACGGGAGCCAGGUCCUUCCCGGCCUUUGACCUGCUUUGGCGGAGCGCCAGUUCCGCGGGAGACCUGCUGGCCUGCAGGCCGCGCCGGGCCACGAAGAUCCCCUCCUGCCGGGAGCAACUGCACCGAGACUGUGGCCGGCCGCCCCGUAUCCUUCAGAGAGGAAGAGCCCGCUCCUGCCGCCCCACCAGGGUCGCGUCCCCAAGCGGCAGGGCACUGGACCUGGCAGCCCGACUCCGGCCUCCACUUCCCGGCGCCGUGGCCCCCCCGCCCCUCUCCAGUAGGCCACGCCCCUCGGCGGCUCCCGCGCCUUUCUCUGACGUCAGGCCCCGCCCCGGCCCCGCCCCGUGCCCGCCCUCCGCAGCCUGAGUGGCUUCGCCUGAGGCGGCGGCUGGGGAGGCAGCUGAGGCAGCUGAGGCGGCGGCGGUGACGGGGGCUGCGGUCGCCGACCCUGCGGACGGCGGUCCGCUGUCUGUCAGCUUCCGUCCCGGAGCGGCGGGCGAUGGUGCGGCGGAGCGCGCGGACGCGGGCGGCGCGGCGGCGGGCAUGAGGGAGGAUGGAAGGGCAGGACGAGGUGUCGGCGCGGGAGCAGCACUUCCACAGCCAAGUGCGGGAGUCCACGAUAUGUUUCCUUCUUUUUGCCAUUCUCUACAUUGUUUCUUACUUCAUCAUCAGAAGAUACAAGAGAAAAUCAGAUGAACAAGAAGAUGAAGAUGCCAUAGUCAACAGGAUUUCGUUGUUUCUGAGCACGUUCACCCUGGCGGUGUCAGCCGGGGCUGUUCUGCUCUUACCCUUUUCAAUAAUCAGCAAUGAAAUCCUGCUUUCUUUUCCUCAAAACUACUAUAUUCAGUGGCUAAAUGGCUCCCUGAUUCAUGGCUUGUGGAAUCUUGCUUCUCUCUUUUCCAACCUUUGUUUAUUUGUGUUGAUGCCCUUUGCCUUUUUCUUUCUGGAAUCAGAAGGUUUUGCUGGCCUGAAAAAGGGCAUCCGAGCCCGCAUUUUAGAAACUCUGGUCAUGCUCGUCCUUCUUGCACUCCUUAUCCUCGGGAUAGUGUGGGUAGCCUCAGCGCUCGUUGACAAGGACGCGGCCAGCAUGGAGUCUUUGUAUGAUCUCUGGGAGUUCUACCUACCCUAUUUAUAUUCCUGUAUAUCUCUGAUGGGAUGUUUGUUACUUCUCUUGUGUACCCCCGUUGGCCUUUCCCGCAUGUUCACAGUGAUGGGUCAGUUGCUGGUGAAGCCAACAAUUCUUGAAGACCUGGAUGAACAGAUUUAUAUUAUUACCCUAGAGGAGGAAGCACUCCAGAGACGACUAAAUGGACUGUCUUCGUCAGUGGAAUACAAUAUAAUGGAGUUGGAACAAGAACUUGAAAAUGUGAAGACUCUUAAGACAAAAUUAGAGAGGCGAAAAAAAGCUUCAGCAUGGGAAAGAAAUUUGGUGUAUCCUGCUGUUAUGGUUCUCCUUCUAAUUGAGACAUCCAUCUCGGUCCUCUUGGUGGCUUGUAAUAUUCUUUGCCUGUUGGUUGAUGAAACAGCCAUGCCAAAGGGAACAAGGGGUCCUGGAAUAGGAAAUGCUUCUCUUUCUGCUUUUGGUUUUGUGGGAGCUGCACUUGAAAUCAUUUUGAUUUUCUAUCUUAUGGUAUCCUCUGUUGUCGGUUUCUAUAGCCUGCGAUUUUUUGGAAAUUUUAUUCCCAAGAAGGAUGACACAACUAUGACAAAGAUCAUUGGGAAUUGUGUGUCCAUCUUGGUCUUGAGCUCUGCACUGCCUGUGAUGUCAAGAACACUGGGAAUCACUAGAUUUGAUCUACUUGGAGACUUUGGAAGGUUUAAUUGGCUGGGAAAUUUCUAUAUUGUAUUAUCCUACAAUUUGCUUUUUGCUAUUGUGACAACAUUGUGUCUGGUCAGAAAAUUCACCUCUGCUGUGCGAGAAGAACUUUUCAAGGCCCUAGGGCUUCAUAAGCUCCACUUAUCAGAUCCUUCAAGGGAUUCAGAAACAUCAAAGCCAUCUGCAAACGGGCAUCACAAAGCGCUGUGAGACACGCAGCAGCACUCCGCGAGCCAGGACCCGGGAGCCCCACACUCCCGACGUCCCCGCCGGUCCGAAAUGACGCGCACUGACUGGGCUUCACAUUCAGGGCCGGGGCCUGGCAGCACCGUUUCUUUCAUAACCUCCUGAGAACUUGGCCGCCACAGGCCUCCUCCUUUAGCCGCGUGAAGGACCCCACAGUUUCCAGCCAGACGCGGCUCCGUAGGGCAGCACAUUCUUCUGGGGACACAUUCGCUUGCAUCAGUUGAUACAAUCACCAAUAUGGGAAUGUCAGAAAAGGCAGACUUGGGGGCUUUCUAAGAAUUCAGUUCAAUCCCAUUAUAUAUUUUAUUCAGAAUGGAGAAGGCAUCAUGAAAGGCAUCCUUGGUAUUUGGAUGUGAAGUGAAGGCCUCCCAAAAAAAGCAGGUUUCCGGCGCCGUCGUUGCAGUGGGUGCAUUGGAGCAGUAGUGCGCAAAGCUGUUGUUCACAUCCUUAAAGAAAAAGACAAGCGUGUAGUUCUGGUUUAUGUUUCAGAAUGAUACGAUUGCACUUUGGGUCAAGGGAAAAAUACGAAAUUCUUUUGAAAACCUGAUCCGCGAUAGAACAGCAUGGGAAACCUUCCACUGUACGGAGUGUGGUCAGCUACGUAGGAAGUAUUCUGUGAUCCUAGUUCUCUGACAUCUUAUGUGUGUAGAAUUCAGUAUUACCUCUCGUAACAUAGUUGCCGGUGUCGAAUACACUUGUAACUUAGAUUUUGCCUUAUAGGCUAUAUGUACACUCAAUUUUUUUAAGCUUUUUUUCUAAAGUCUCUCAGUUCCUUGUUCUCCUGUGUCCAUUAUGAAACUACAAAUGCUCUGUGGUAGAAACCCCUUCUGUCAACACAUUCUUCAGGCCUGGGCUCCUUUUGUAUAUGCCAGUUUAAACCUCAGACUCACUAAAGUUACCAGUUUGACACCCAGGUGCACAGUAUCAGCAUUCAUGAUGUAAGAAUAGUUUUUCAGUGUUUCAUGAUCUGAUAAUCAUUCAGUUACUAAGUUGUAAAUAAUUCUGGGGGUGGCUUCUUGACAUUAAGUCCACUGCAUAAAAACUGUAAAAUUGUACUCUGUGUUACCAUCCAUCCCCUAGGAUAGAGUACUGGAAAUCGUGCAUGCAGAAAUAAGAGGUGAGCCCCUUUGCACACACUUCGUAGUUACAUAGUCUCUAUAAAUACCUAUGUUCACCUGCACUAUGUGUAUGGCAACAGAUUGUCUGUGUUCAGACAAAAGUAAAAGAACAUUUUUCUCAAAUUGUUGAGUUUAAAGGGGCUUUUUUUUUGGAGAAAUUUAUGAAAAUCAGGCUGUAUAUACUUGACAUAAAAAAUUUCCACUUAGAGCCAAAAUAAUAAGAAAAUUUUAUCUGUGUAAUCCUAAAUUCCAUUGUGUACACCUCUCCUUUAUUUACACCUCUGCAUUUCCUUCCGAGCUUCUCUGCUCAUUAAAAUACAGUCCAGUUUUAAAAUAAAAGAACAUUUUGUGAUUCUAAACAACACUCCGUAAAUUGGUGAAUCUCUCCACAUAGGAUCUGCAUACUGAGAAAAUUAAUAGAAGUUGGCCAUUUCCUAAUUUCAGUGGUAGUUACACCUAUUUAAACAUUAAUUGCAGGCUAUGGUUUUUCUGAAAUUUGCUUGCAAUCCAUAUUUUGAGCAAACUAGGUCAAGGGGAGAAGAAAAAGAAAGUUCUUUACAUAAAAGAACCUCACUUGUAACUUACACUGGUUUCUGGGCACAUCCAUAGGAAGUUCUUGGGUAUUUGUAAGAUGUCUGAAAAUUUCUGAGUAAAAUAUUAAACUUUUCAAUGUCUGUAUCAGUUCUUUGUUCAUUUGAAAGUUUCUUUCCAUUGGAAAACUUAGGCUCGGUUUGGAUUAGUAAACAGUGGAAUGUACUAUAAAUUCUUAUAGCUGUUACCGGGGGCAUCCUCACUGCUUUUGAGACAGGAUACAGCUCACGUGGAGGGACGGUUGGAACCUUGGGUCCCAGACGCCUUCUGUGGGGACAAGUGCAGGUGAUUACACACCGUUUGCUGCGUGAGUGCUACAGCGUGGGGUUCCGCAAAGAGUUUAUUCCUGGUGACGUACGCAGGAGUCUUCCUCUUGAGUGAGAGACUUAGUCUGAACACAGAUGCUUCCCUUGGACACACUGGAGGCUGCACGAGGCCACAACAGAAAUGGGUGGCAGCACACUAAGGCCAAGCACUUGAAGUCUGGUAAGCACAGGAGCACUUCAAGCCUUUCAUUCGUUGUAGUUGUGCUGGCGAAGGAGGAGGCAGGUGGCCUGUGCCCACGGUUAGGGCGGCCCCAGGGAUGGCCCCGGUGUUCUCACUGGGUGCAGGGCAUCUAGGUGACUGUGUGAAGUCAGACGCUCUGUUGACUCUUUCUCACCUUAGGAUCCACUUGAAGGGGCCUUAGACACUGUAGUUAAACAGUUUCUGGAGGCGACUUACCAACUCUAAAUGUUAAUUGGUUCCGCAGUACUCAUUUUGAAAUUCUAAGUUUUAUGGAUGAUAACAUUUGUAAUUUUUACUGACUUUUCCAAGAUAUUUCUUAGAUUCAGUAUUUACUUAGCUUUACAUAUAUUCUUUAUAAAAACAGACCUGCUCUAAGAGAAGAGGCUGUGUAAAAAUUGCACAUACAUGCACACUCACACGUGCGCACACACACGCAGCUACUUCAGGCCACACCAUGAGGCUGACUGAUCACUGGAUGAGAAUGAAGUCUUCUGCAUGGUUUGACUCUUGCAUGUGAUCGAGGAGUGCACCUUGCGCCCCCGUUCUCAGGGGCUUGGACAUCAGCCUUGCCUUGCUGGAGCACAGUAGACCUGUGUGUGCGCCCAUAACCACUUAAGCUGCCCGCAGGACAAGCUCACGUCCUUUGAAAACCCUGUGUGGUUUUCUUUGAUAGCACAGUAUUUAAUGUAUAAAGGCAGAGUUCUUAAAAUAAUUUUUUAAAAAUAGGAGUAUAUAUGCAGUACUGACUUAAAGACUGGUGUGUUGCUUUAAAAAUAAUGUUUAGAUGCACUGGUAUAUUUUGUUUACAGAGUGUUUUGUUUACAAAUCAUCUGUUGGCCUUGUUUGUUUCUAUGAGAUACUUUUAGUGUGACUUUAAAUGUCUUAGAAAUUAAAAUUUUACAAAAAGUGA